AUGGCGGAGCUUGGGGUUACCGUGGUCGCAGCUGGGGUCCACGAGGUAGAUAUGGCAGAGCUCAGUGGAGACGCCCGGGGUCUCAGGAGCCAUGUGGCCGUUUGGGACAUUGGUCCAGGGACUGUAGAGACCAGUCACAGAGAGGAAGAUAUCAGCAGGACAGAGGACAUGCUCAUCAGUCCUGACGGUCUGGUGAUUACAUUUCCGAAUGGGACUUCAACGAAUUGUUCUUUACCAUCUAUGUCUACUACCUCGCAUAUGAUGUUGGCGGCCGAGGUGACACCACAAUCCACCAUGUGGGCUGAUAUCUACUGGGGACUGCUAUUCCCUGAGACCCCUAGUUCUGCUGGCAUUCUUUCUGUGUUUUCCGAGUGGCGUCCUUGGUUGCAGGCUUUGGGCCCUUAUGCUCCUCCCGUUGAUCCCUACCAUGUUACGUUGUUUUAUGAUAGAGGUUGCGCUGAGGUGUACCAACAGGCUUUUUAUUCUCAGGUGGAAGGUCACAAUUGGCAUGUUACCUCCCCUGAACUUCUAGUUGGACCAGAAGGCGUAGCCGCCCUGGUCUCUUUGACCCCUGACCAGCAUCAAUGGUAUGACAUGUCUGAGGAGGCUCUCCCGCAUGUCACACUCCUGGUACAUGCCGAUCAUCAGGCGAAGGACCUUGGUCCCAUGUGUAAACGCCUGGCUGCUCUUUCUGAUUGGCAGAGAACACAGAUUCCCUCCCUGCAGUACAGUGCGUCAGCUAAAGCCUACAAAAUAAUACACCACACCACAGAUGUAGUUGAGCUUGAACACAGACAGAUUGAGAGAUUCCAUGGCAGGGAGAAAACUGAUCAUGAGUUAGCAGGCAACAUGCUAAAUUCUCUACCUCAUUCUCUUUGGUCCACUGGCCCCACUGAUGUUGGUUUUUGUGCUCACUGUCUACCUGUCACCUUUUCCUAUAAAACUGAUGACCCUAUUUGGCAGCCUCAGUAUAAACAUAAACCUGAAGCAGAAGAGGGCAUAGCAGACACCAUUGAAGGGUUGUUACGUACAGGUGUGUUGGAGUCUUCUCGCUCACCUUGGAACACUCCCAUUUUGCCUAUAGAAAAGAAAGGUACUGAUAGAUACCGCAUGGCACAUGACCUCAGGAAAGUUAACUCAAUCACAACUACACCUACGGUGCCCGUGCCUAAUCCCUACACUGCUAUGUCUUCCAUCACACCACAACAUCAAUGGUUUUCAUGUAUUGACUUGGCAAAUGCAUUUUUCUGUCUUCCCCUCGCUAAACAACUCAGGGACGUGUUCUCAUUCACAUACAAAGGUCAACAGUUGCGUUACACCAGACUGCCACAGGGGUUUGUUCUCUCACCUGGCAUUUUUAACCAAGUGCUGCGUGAACAGCUGGGAGAUUUGAAUCUUCCCUCAGGUGUAGUGUUAGUUCAGUAUGUUGAUGACCUCCUGCUAGCAGCACCAUCAGUACAGGACUGUUUAACUGGAACGCAGUGCGUUCUGAGCAAACUACAUGACCUAGGUUUUAAAGUGGCUCGGAAUAAACUCCAGUGUUGUAGGCAGUCAGUAACUUUCCUCGGUCGAGUAAUCUCGGCUACAGGAACGUCCAUUUCUGGUCCACACCGCUCAGCUAUUCUCCUACACCCCAAGCCUGCCACAGUAAAAAACAUGCUCUCGUUUCUGGGUCUUGCUGGAUUCAGCAGACAUUUUGUGCCUCAGUUUUGUGAACUCACCUCACCUUUGCGCGCUAUGAUCAAUGCUCAGGGCAUGCGUAACCUCAGUGCCCUGUUAACAUGGACCACUGAAUCUGAACAAUCUUUCAUUGCACUGAAAACUGCGCUCUCCCAAGCCGCUGAUUUAGCAGUUCCUGACUACUCAGCCCCGUUCUUUUUGGAUGUUUCUGGAAAAGCACACACUGCUGAUGGGGUGCUUUUCCAGAAAAAAGGGGGAGGUAGGCGAACUCUCGACCCCACUGAAAUCAGACAUCCACCGUGCACAAGACAUGCAGCGGGGGUUGCAAAACUGCUACAAAAAACAGCACACAUAGUCAUGGGACACUCACCGACGGUACUGACAACACACAGCAUAGUGGCUUUUGUUAACUCAGCCACUUUCACAAUGACAUCACUCAGACAGAGCAGGCUAGAAAAACUUCUAGGGGCAGCACACAUCACAUACUCACAUGAAGGCAUCAACAUGGCUGACAACAUCACAGAAGGAACACCACAUGCAUGUGAAGAGAGAGUGCAGGGAGACAGCAAGUUCAGGGCUGAUCUAAAAGGAGAGGAGAUACCAAACGCAGAUCUUAAUUUGUACACAGAUGGCUGUUGCUUCAGACAUCCUCAAUUAGGAUUACAGGCAGCCUAUGCAGUAGUACAACAGGAAGGAAGUGGCAAAAUGAGAACUAUGACAGCUCAGCAAUUGCAAGGGAAAGUGUCAGCCCAAUUGGCGGAGCUGGUAGCAGUCAUAGAGGCGCUGAAACAGGCAGAGGGCAAGGUGGUCAACAUAUACACAGAUUCAGCUUAUGUGGCAGGGGCUGUACAUGUGGAGCUUGGUCAGUGGAAAAGAGCAGGGUUUAAAACAACGACAGGUUCCCAAAUCAAACAUGAAAAAGAGAUGCAGAACCUUGCAGAGGUGUUGAUGUUGCCCAAAGCGGUAUCAGUGAUCAAGUGCAAAGGACAUGAUAAAGCAGACACAUUUGUGGCAAAAGGCAACAAUGAGGCAGACAGAGUGGCAAAAGCAGCAGCAGGGUACAAACCACAGUAUAUGAUGCUACAGGCAGGGCCAAGUGUAAAAGAAAUCCUACCAGCAUGUGAUGUACGAGAUCACACACCAAAAGGAGGAGACAACACACCGCACUCGGCUGAGUGGGUGUAUCUGAGGGUCAUCAAAAGGAAAUGGUCAGAGCCAAGACUCAUCACCACCACCAUUGAAGGGAGGGCUGAUAAGCCUCCACCCUAUCAGAUGCCGCUCUUAGGAGCACCACAGGAUGAGGACGAGGAGAUUGUCGCCCCCAUGGAUAUUUUGUUUGAUUGA